CAGCCAGCCGUGCUGAGAGUGGACAUCUCAGAUCGUUAGCCAGCUCAGACACCGCAUCUGUGCUCCGUGCCAAGGGACUGUGCAGAGGCACUCGACACCCACAAGGUGUGUGAUACUGUCCCCGACUGGCGAGAUGAAGCUGCUCCUGCUACUGCCCCUCCUGCUGGGAGCUGUCUCUGCCCGCCACCUGGGGGACAAUGCCCUUCCUCCGGAGAGUCUGGACACCCAAGUUGACAUCAGCCAGAACUCAGACUGCUCCCGGGAGCAGAAGGGAGAGCUGGCACUGCAUAGGGAGGAGAUUCCAUCAGGGGAAGAGGAGGCCGAAGCUUCUGACUGUCAAGAGACUUUGGAGGAUAAGGACGACCUGGACUCAGACCCUGCUGCCUCAGGGGACUUUGAGUGCCCCAAGGAAGAGGACACAGUUGAAUUGCAGGGCACUUCUGGGCACAAUACUUGUCGCCAUGUGUUGGUGAGGUUACCCAGCACAUUCGCAGCUGCUAGUAACACGUGCAGGAGGUGCUACAGGGGAAACCUUGUUUCCAUCCACGAUAGCAAUACCAAUAACCGCCUCAGGGGUUUGGCCAGCGGGAUUAACCAAGGCCAGGUCUGGAUAGGAGCGACAAUCUAUCAGUGGCACCGGUGCACACGACUUAGAUGGACCGAUGGGAGCCUUUGGAAUUUUUCACGCUGGGCCGCAGGACAGCCAAGGAAUGGAGUAGGAAGCUGUGUGACCCUGUGCACUCGAGGGGGCGUUUGGAGGCGAGCUCCAUGCACAACAUUGCUGUCCUUCAUCUGCGCUGCCUAAGCCAGCGGUUCCGGUUCCGAUGCCAGCAGUUCCAGUUCCAGCAGUUCCAGUUCUGCUGCCACCUCCCUACUCUGGAGCUUCCUCCCUCUCACUGUCCUGGGGCACUUGGCUCCAUCCCUCAGCUUCUCUGUCAAUCUAAUAAAGGCUCUCUCAGUA